ACCUGCAGUUUGGAAGGGUUAGUGCACAACACACACACAAACUUGCCCACUCAGCAGCACACAUGCACGCACACCCACACUCAACCACGGCACGGGAGGCCGCCGGACUCACUGGAAAAUGAAUCUAAUGAAAGGAAGAACAAUCAGCCUACAGCAUGGACUCUGAAUCUCUGGACAAUUGUAUUCAGAGCACACUUUCUGCUCUCUACCCUCCAUUUGAAGCCACUGCAGCCACUGUGCUAUGCCAAGUGUUAGACGUGGUUGAGACGACAUACCGUGGGGACGGACUGCACUACAUCAUUGACUUCCUGGUGCCCGCUAAACACAUCCUACAGAGCAUUCAACAGGAUGCAUGCUUCCCAUACUGUGGUUUCCUCUUUCGUCAUGAGGGCUGGCCGCUGUGUGUCCAUGAGAAGGUCAUAAUUCAGCUCUCCUCUUUGAACUGGCGUGUGUUACGGCCCAGCGACUUCUACUUACAGGUGACGCCUUCGCCCAAAAGCCGCCCACGUAUCACGGUGAAGUGUCUGGCAGUUAGUGGGCAGUAUGUGGAGGAGCUGGAUGUGCCAGAGCUAGCAUACACCUCUCUAUUUACCAUGGAUUGGCUGGACUCCAUCAACCGGGGGAGGAGUGUGGUCAGACGAGCCGCCCUGGAACACUGUCUUUUAUCAGCGGAUAAUGAUAUUUUUAGGGUACCCUGGGAGGAUAUUGUUCACCCGGAGUUUAUCAGCAGACCCCCCAAAGUUACAGAACAAGCUGAAAGUAGAGGGGUGUGCAAGGAAGUUGCCAACAGAGAGGAAAGAGACUCAGACAUAGAUCAAGAAGACAACCCUGAGGACAUACAAUGUAGGAUUUUUAUUGACACUUCCACUGACCAAUCAAGGGAGAUGGACUGUCAGAGCAAGGGGGUUAAGCUCCUCCCUGCUCUCAGUGAGAUCGGUAAAGAUAGCAGUGGACGGAGCUCUAGCAGCACGGCAGAGGAUUCAGAGGGAGAGUAUGUGGAGCUAGCUGAUAUCUCCUUACCGCGCUUUUCCCCACAGAAGGGCUCUCUCACUCAAGCCAUUAGCAUGAACUACAGAAAUCUACAUAAACCACAGACUGCGGCUUCUACUCAGUCUAAAGCCAAACCAGAGCAGAGUCUUUUGAAGAAUGGCGCAUGCUCACAGAGCAUGUUGUGUGCCAUGCUGAUUGAAGAAAACCUGAGUGAUACCUACCAACCUGUGAUCUUAACCUGCACUGCUCCUGCAGAGGCAGAGCGUCCACUCCAGCAGGUGCACGGGUCUGAGCACACCUGUGCUGCAGGUACAGCCUCCUGUGACAGUGUGUCUGAGAGUGAGUUUGUGUCUCAACACUCCGACUGUGAUUCUGCUCCACUUUCUGAUACGUCAGCACAUAACAUAUCACAAACAGACAGUAAACCAGUCAACACAUCACAACUAGACAACGAGCCAGUCAGGUCAACACAAUCAGAAGUUAAACCAAUAAACACAUCACAACCUGACAGCAAACCAGUCAGCACAGCACAACUUGUCAGUGUGCCAGUCAGGACAUUACAAUCAGACGUUAAUCCUGAAAGCACGUCUCAACUAGAUAACAAUCUAGUGAUCACAUCACAGCUAGACAAUGAGCCAGUCAAGACGUCGCAUCCAGACGUUGAACCAGUAAGCAUAGGUCAGCUAGACAAUAGUCUAGUCAGCACAUCACAACCAGACAGCCGACCAGUCAGCAUGUCACAACUAGUUAAUGAGCUAGUCAAGACAUCACAACCAGACGUUGAACCAGUAAGCACAUCUCAACUUGACAGCAAACUAGUCAGCACAUCGCAACCAGAUAGCAAACCAGUCAGCACAUCACUACUAGUCACAAUGUCACAACCAGACCAUAAACUAGUAAGCAUAUCUCAACUAGACAGCAAAUUUGUUAGCACAUUUGAACUAGACAACAAACAAGAAAGCUUAUCUCAACUAGACAGCAAACCAGUCAACAUAUCACAACUAGACAAUAAACCAAUCAAGACAUCCCAAACAGACAUCAAAACACUAAGCUCAUCUCAGCUAGACAACAAUCUAGUCAACACAUCACAACCAGAUAACCAACUAUUCCACACAGCACAACUAGAAUGUGAACUGGUUAGUUUAUCUUUACCAGAUAGCAAACCACUCAAUACAUCACAUUUGUACAACAUGCCACUAAGUACAUCACAAACAGACAACAAAACAGUUCGCAUGGAGCAACCAGACAGCAAAGUAAUUAGUAUAUCACAACCAGAAAAUGAAAUGUUAUCUGGUACUUUAGAGAGUGAAAACUCAGAACAAGUUUCUCUGGCUAAUAUUGAACUUGUUGUGUUUGAUCCUGCUGCUGCAGCAGAAGUCAUAUCUGAAUCUGAGCAGGUCAGAGGUGAUCAUGGCCUGAAAGGCAGUUGUGAUUUGCAGAAUAGCAAAUUGUUGGUUUCUGAGCCUUUAGCUGUCAGUGUGUCUUUACAAAAACAGACUGAGCAAACAGAGCACAGCCUAUGUCAGACACGCAGACACAUCCAAACACCAUCUGAGCAAGUGCAUGAUCUUUCUGUCACAAAAGAAGACCAUCAAGCAUUUAGUAACAGUAGCCAUGACAAUAAUGAAUCUGAUGGUGAUUAUAGUUUCAGUGCAGAGGAAGAAAGUGGGCCUGUUUCGGCUGCUCCACAAAGCAAACAGGUAGCUUUGGCCUCUGUCACCACGGCGCCUGAGGAGGAUCUAGUUACGCUCAUUUCACAGGGUCAGGUGAGGACCGAGUCCUGCGAGGACAGAAACAACAAGACUGAGGUGGAACUCCAGACGAAAGCAGCACAUGUAGAAAGAGAAGUUGCGGGAAAGUCACCUUGUAAGGAGGGAGAAAUGGUAGAAAAGAAAAUCAUUGGAAUCACAGAAAGCAAAACAGAGAACGAUAUAGUAGCAGUGUGUAGGGCAGAAGAAGUUGAGACUGCUCAAACAGGUCUGGUAGAUUCCACACCCAAGUCUGAUUCCAACGUUCAAGUUCAGGAGGAGGGCAGCUGCUCUGAAGGAACAGAUGAGAAGAAACAAACCAAUGUUGAAGAGAAAAGGGUGGAGGAAGAGGAGACAGAGGACAUUACUGUGAGUGAGCAAGGGGCUAUAGUGACCAGCUAUUCUGAAAAUAGAGUCCAGUCAGCAUGCAAUCAAGUCCUUGAUGCAGACGCAGAUGUGCAGAACACAAAUGGACACAUGCACACUCAGGACACACCUACCACUGAACGAGAAGGGCAAAAAUCAAAGGAGGAGGAGGAGAGAAAGGGGGAAAAGGAGGAGAGGCAAGAGGAUGAGGUUACUUCCUCUGUGAAAGGCUCUCCAGCAGGGCAUCAGCAACAAGCAGACAUGGAGACCCAUUACCAUCAGCAGGAAGAGCAAGCAUCCAGUCAGGAAGUAGACAGUAUUGUUUCCCAUCUGUCUGCUAAAACCCAAGGUGAAGACCCCUCAGCAGUUCCUCCACCACUGCCGCCCAUCUCCCAGAAGACCCAGCCUGUCCAGAGUGAGGCUCAUGACAUCAAUCCUGAUGUCCUGAGCUCAGGAGUGCUCUGCCUGCCUGGAACAAGAGAUAAAUCAGGCCACGCGCUUGUGACAGUGACAACAAGAAACACUAUCUGGUUGAAUCCAAACUGCAAUAGUGGAGAGCUGGUGCGGAUCAUGGUCUACUUCUUCAGUACACUCAGGAAGGAAGUUAGUGCUUUGGGACUGACUGUCCUGGUGGAUGCCCGCAGGUGUUCUCCUGUCCCCGCCCUCUUUAAAGCCUUCAACAGCCUCCAGGAAGCCAUCCCGGGAUGCAUCCAUACAGUACUGCUGCUGGCCGACAGAGAUCUGGCUCUACGUGUGGAGAAAACCACUUCUAUACCGGUGGAGUUGUUGACAUCACUCAAAUCUCUCUAUAAGCAUGUGGACAUCGCUCAACUCCCCACUGAGUUUGAAGGCACUUUCCCUUAUUCACACAGCAGCUGGAUCUGUUUCAGAAUGAGGUUGGAACAGCUUACCAGCCAUUGUGAGGAUGCUGUGAACCUUCUUCAGAACACCAACAGCAAACUGGAGUCCUCAGUGCUGCCACCUACAGCAGAGGAGGCACAGAUCUUAUUGUGUAAGUACAGAGAGUUGAUGAGGACUGUUCUGGAGGACAGCAGGUUAGUGCGGCUACAGCUGGAGGGAGGAGCCGCUCUGUGCUGUUUGCGAAAAGAAGAAACCAAUGUCAGUCUGACAGAGGACUACAGAGAUGCCAUUGAGAAUGCGGGCCGUCUGUAUAAUCAAGUGGACGAGUUGGUUCACAGAUUGGUGAUGCUGUCCAACAAAUGCACACAGGAACUGGAAUUCAUAAUGGAGUUCAAGACUCUGGAGGAGGGAUUCAGAGAGGUGAGUCAGUGGAUAGAAGAGGUGGGCGAGUCUCGUCUGCAGACACUGAGUGAACUGGAAGAUUCCUUGGAGCAGUUACAUCAUAAGCAGACUGUCUUCAGAGAUUUCUACACAGCUGCAUAUGAGCACUGUAAGAGCGGUGAAGCUCUCCUCAAGCGCUUAGAGAAGUGGGAAGACGUCUCUUCUGCAGAGCUGCAGGUGUAUGAGGUGAAAGUACGCUCAUUCUGGGUCCAUCUACAUGAUUUCUCCCAGCGAGUGGAGGAAACCAAGGAUAAAAUUGACAAGACUGUUCGACUCUACGAGUUUUUUGACAAGGAGCACUGUAAGAGCGGUGAAGCUCUCCUCAAGCGCUUAGAGAAGUGGGAAGACGUCUCUUCUGCAGAGCUGCAGGUGUAUGAGGUGAAAGUACGCUCAUUCUGGGUCCAUCUACAUGAUUUCUCCCAGCGAGUGGAGGAAACCAAGGAUAAAAUUGACAAGACUGUUCGACUCUACGAGUUCUUUGACAAGGCAUAUGAGUGGGCGCUAGAGGGCAUGCGUCAUUUGGCAUGUGUUAGUAUGGAGGAGUGUGGCAUGUCUGAGAAGUGUCCGAGUGUGAUCGCGUGUUUGGAGACCUAUCGCAGUCAGCACCCCCCGAUCCCAGACGCACACUUCCAGGAGAUGAAGGACCUUGCUGGGGAGAUGAAGAGUGAACAGGGACUCAAGCAGUGGAAGUUUGCCUGGUCCAAGUGUCAGGAGACCAAGCAGAUGUUUGAGAAGAAGCUGGAGAUGGCCCUGCGCACCCGCCGUGAGAGUGACUCCAAAUCAGCGAUGGGUGACUCCUCUCGCCGGAACUCGGACUGUAGAGCUAAACCUCAGGAGCGUAGCAGUAGCAUCUCCUUCUCAUGUCGGAAAGCGUUCGGCGGAGGCUGGGGCCGGGACAGACUUUCCUCACAGUCAAGCAUAUCCUCAACUCCUAGCAGUCCUUCAGGCAUUCGCAUGGACACCCGUGACUCUGUCCGAACCCCAUCAGGAAGUCCAUAUAGCAUUGUGCACAGAAGCACCCCUUUCGGGUCCCACAGGCUAACACGUAGCAUCUCCACAGACGAGUCUCUGCAGCAGCCACAUCUGGAGGGGCAGGCAUGUGCUACAAGCCCAAGCCUCACCUCUAUCGAACCAAACCGCAGGGUUUUGCGGAAGACCCAGAGCUUUGAUACGGCCAGUAGCGAGUCUGUGUCACGGUAUGGGACCUGUCAGAGAACUUUGAGUGAGCCUGCACGGAGAGGAAACACAGGGGUGUUCAUUAAGGGUCUGGAGGUGAGCAGCACGGAAGUGAUCGAUCGGCCGUACAGCCCGCGACUACCGCCCAUGCAUGAAUGGUCUUCUGUUGACACUCACCGCAGUGGGAGUCCUGCACCAGAAACACGUAACAAGGGCAGUAAACUAUGCCACAUCGUAGAUGAGAUGGUAACAACGGAGCGGGAAUAUGUGCGUUCUCUGCGGUACAUCAUUGACAACUAUUUCCCUGAGAUGGAGCGCGCUGACCUGCCACAGGACCUGCGGGGAAAGCGCAGCGUCAUCUUCGGAAACCUGGAGAAGCUGGUGGACUUCCACAGCCAGUAUUUCCUGAAAGAGCUUGAGAGCUGCUGCAAUCAUCCACUACGUGUCAGCCACUGCUUCCUACGACAUAUGUACCUGUAG